GGGUGUAAGUGAAGGCUUUAUUUAUAUUGUCCUGAAAUAAAGUGAUUAAUGUCAGCGCAGUGCCAUGUUUGGUUGCCCCCACUCGGGCCACCAGAUCAACCCACCCCCUCUUCCAUGUCCUACCUCCACAUAGUGUCCCGGGUAUCGAACGAUCUUCCCAAAUUUAACCCCUCCUUGGCGUAGGACGGAGUCACUGCCAAAGUUUUUACGGAGUUAGGGAACUGUUAAGGAAAGCGAAUCCAGGCUGUCCCUCAAGAGAUGGUACUUAUGACCGAACAACCGGACAGAGACCUAACUCCGUUAUCUACGCCAGAACAAGUUGUAAAGUCUGUCAAACCGGUCAGAAAAGAUCCGAGAGGGAUCCAAUCGACGUCAGAGGCAGCGAAUGGAGGAGAGGACAGGCCCAGGAGGAGUGCCAGUGGGAGGUCUGCUGGGGACACUCAGGUGUCAAUGGACACUGAGUCAGACCUCUCGGAGAGCAGGAAGAAACCGCCCCUCAUGAAAUUUAAGGCUGUGGAGCUGCCUUCCCCAAUGCAAACUCCAAGUGACGGUGAAACUAAAUUUGAAGGAAGAAAGAAAUCCCAGUCCAGCCAGAUAUCCAAGACAAAUGCCCAGUACCAUAAAAUAUUCAAAGAAAUCAGCAAGGAUGAGUUACUGAAACAAAGUUACACCUGUGCACUGCAGAAAGACAUGCUGUAUCAGGGCAAAAUGUUUGUGUCUGAUAACUGGAUAUGUUUCCACUCCAAAGUCUUCGGCAGAGAUACUAAGAUUGCUAUUCCUGUACUCUCUGUGACUCUUAUCAAGAAGACAAAAACUGCCAUUUUGGUUCCAAAUGCACUCGUUAUCACAUCCACAAACAAGCGGCACGUAUUUGCAUCAUUCCUAUCCCGAGAUACAACCUAUAAACUUCUGAAAUCCAUCUGCGUUCAUCUGGAUGGGGACAAUACAGGGAGCAGCCUCAUUACUUCCUCUGCUGAGAACAGCUUCAUAGCCGAUUGUCCCUCCUCACUUCCUCUGGAUUUCUCUGGAGACUUCUCAGACCUGGAUGGGGUUUUGUGCCAGAGGAGGCAAGACAUGCUGGAGACCAGCAGCUCAGGCUCCCAGACCCCAGACUAUGAGAAAAUGACGGAGUUCCCCAGCAUCCCAGACACGUUCCUGAGCGCAGUGAAGAAUGGAGAGGUGGCGGUGCACGCAGACAUCCACCUCCAGACCCCCAACCAAAAACACGGAGCCGCUCACCAGAACGGGCCGACCAAGCCUGCCCAGGGUGUUGUACACAAAGUGAAAUCGCUACAGCCAGUGUCAUUGAACACCCUUCUACUCGUCUAUUUGUUCCUAGUUAGUGUCCUUGUCUUGUCUUCGUGUUACAUGGCCUUCAAGAUUGUGGCUCUUGAGAAGCGGCUGAACUCGUUGAGUUCCGUGGGGGAGUAUGCACACAACGAAAACGUUGUGCAUCACAGAUCGCAGGUCGACUUCAAUGCCGAAAUUUAUGGGGAGCUGUCUACAAACCUGUUCAAGCUAGAAAAGAUUCAGAGAAAUCUCCGUAAGCUACUUGAAGAGACCUGACUUAAGGACCCGUUGGUCGCCUCGCUGGACGGAAGUGGCGCCUUCAUAAAACGCUGGUGAAAACACUGCAGAUCUGAUCGGCAAUCUGUUACCAAAUAACAGACUGCCACUUUGGAAAAGAGACCAUUUCUUAAUUGUGCAAUAGCAGUAUCUUCCUUCUCUUUCUACUCAGGACAAAACCCAUUAUUUUGUGUCUGAUUAGCAUGCCAGAGUAAUCAAGACAUUUCAGCAACUGUAGCUAGUUUGGGCUGAAUCCUAACUUGAAACUCACGUGCUUAAUAACGCAGAAUUCUGCUUUUAGGGGCAAUCUGCAGUUGCUACAUUCAUUUUGGACUGAAUUAAUGAUAUUCUUCAAGAAUCAAUGGGUACAUAACUUA